UGGGAGUAAAAGACAUUUAUGCAGGGCAAUAUACGACAGCGGAGAUCUUAUUAGCGUUUCCAACUUCUCAUACAAUUUUCAUAAAUCCACAGAUUCAGCUAAAGCACAGUUUCUAUUUCUUUUCAUUAUUUUUUUGUUGGGUUUUUCAGAAACAAAUUCACAAACCCAACAAGUGAAGAAUUGAGAAAAAAACACUAGCUUUAUCUGUGUGUGUUCAGUAAAUUCGAUUCCAAAAAUCCCAUCUUUUUAUUUUCUGCUAUCUUGUGGAAUGAUGGAGCUGCAGAGGUCAGCAGCGCUGAGAUUCUUUCUAGGGUUUCUGCUGCUGUCUAUGGCGAAUGGGAGAUUCGUGGUGGAGAAGAACAGCUUCAGGGUCACAUCCCCGGAUAAAAUCAAAGGCACGUACGACAGUGCCAUUGGCAACUUCGGGAUUCCUCAGUACGGCGGCAGCAUGGCCGGCGCCGUGGUGUAUCCGAAGGAGAAUCAGAAGGGAUGCAAGGAGUUUUCUGAAUUUGGGAUUACAUUUAAAUCGAGCCCCGGAGCUCUCCCAACUUUCGUUUUGGUCGAUCGUGGAGAUUGCUUCUUUGCCUUGAAGGUUUGGAAUGCCCAGAAAGCUGGGGCAUCUGCAGUUCUUGUUGCUGAUAAUAUUGAGGAGGCAUUGAUAACCAUGGAUUCACCCGAAGAGGAUGGUUCAACUUCCAAAUACAUUGAGAACAUAACAAUACCAUCUGCGCUUAUUGAAAAAAGGUUUGGCGAAAUUUUAAAGAAAGCAAUCAGUGCCGGUGAUAUGGUCAAUGUGAAUCUUGACUGGAGAGAAGCUGUUCCACAUCCAGAUGAUCGUGUGGAAUAUGAACUGUGGACCAACAGCAACGAUGAAUGUGGGGUUAAAUGUGACAUGUUGAUGGAAUUUAUGAAGGAUUUUAGGGGAGCAGCCCAAAUACUUGAAAAAGGCGGUUACACUCAAUUCACACCUCAUUAUAUAACUUGGUACUGUCCUCGGGCAUUUACUUUAAGCAAACAGUGCAAGUCUCAGUGCAUCAAUCAUGGAAGAUAUUGUGCUCCUGAUCCAGAACAGGACUUCAGCAGUGGUUACGAUGGGAAAGAUGUGGUUCUUGAAAAUUUAAGGCAGCUAUGUGUUUUUAGAGUGGUAAAUGAGACCAAAAAGCCUUGGGUAUGGUGGGACUACGUAACUGAUUUUCAAAUUAGAUGUCCCAUGAAGGAGAAAAAGUACAACAAGGAAUGUGCUGAUGGUGUCAUUAAAUCUCUUGGGCUUGAUAUUAAGAAGAUUGAGAAUUGUAUGGGAGACCCUAAUGCGGACUCUGAAAAUACUGUUCUGAAAGAAGAGCAAGAUGCUCAGGUUGGGAAAGGAACAAGAGGUGAUGUAACCAUAUUGCCUACCGUUGUUGUCAAUAAUCGCCAAUACCGAGGCAAGUUGGAGAAAGGUGCAGUUCUGAAGGCCAUCUGUUCUGGGUUCGAGGAAACUACUGAGCCAGCUGUUUGUUUGAGUACUGAUGUGGAGACGAAUGAAUGCUUGGAUAAUAAUGGUGGUUGCUGGCAGGAUAAAGCAGCCAACCUCACAGCCUGCAAGGAUACAUUUCGUGGGAGGGUAUGUGAGUGCCCUCUGGUUGAUGGUGUGCAAUUUAAAGGAGAUGGUUACACUACCUGUGAAGCAAGUGGGCCUGGGAGGUGCAAGGUAAACAAUGGAGGUUGUUGGCACGAAGCUCGAGAUGGGCAUGCAUUCACUGCUUGCACAGAUAAUGGAGAGGUCCAGUGUCAGUGUCCCCCUGGGUUUAAAGGCGAUGGUGUUAAAAGUUGUGAGGAUAUUGAUGAAUGCAAAGAGAAGAAAGCCUGUCAGUGCCCCGACUGUAGCUGUAAAAAUACCUGGGGGAGCUAUGAUUGCUCGUGCAGUGGGAAUCUUCUGUAUAUCAGGGACCAGGAUACCUGCAUAAGUAAGUCUUCUGGUGGGGGAAAGUCGUCUGCAUGGGUUGCUGUGUGGGUUAUUUUGAUAGGCUUGGCGAUGGCUGCUGGUGGGGCAUAUCUAGUGUACAAAUACAGAUUACGAUCAUAUAUGGAUUCGGAGAUAAGAGCCAUAAUGGCACAAUAUAUGCCUUUGGACAGCCAAGCCGAAGUUCCAAAUCAUGUGAACGAGGAGAGGGCGUGAAAAUGGGACCCCAUUAUUGAACGGUUAGGAUUUAUAUGGCACAGCAUGGAUAUGGAUUGUUAUACGUCUUUCUUUUGCAGUCUUGAAUGUUUGAUUGAGCCUAAUCUUUCAUACUCCUCUACGUCGUGUCGGAUUGUAAAUGAAUGCAGAUUAGAAUGUCUUGUUUCGUAGGACUGUAGCAUGCCAAUCCCUUGGAGUAAGGUAGAUUGCAAGGAGUGUAGGUCUAGUGUCAGAACACUUCUAUUCCCAGCGUAAAAUCUUGGUAUCUUUUCAUUUUAGUUAAUUUGUUGUUAUUCUGUAACUUACUUUUGCCUGUAACUUAUACCUUAGUUUAGUUAUAAUUUAUAUGCACAAAACAAUUUUGUUUUGGUCA